UUCUGACUUUAUUAGUGAUUACAGCCAGAAAUUCAUAAUUCUGCCUCAUUUUCCUACCUGACUUUUAGCAGCUCUUUGUAGAAAAUCUUUUCCAGCUCUAAAAUCAAUCUGAAGAUGACCGCAGGUGCUUCAAAUUUUAACAGAAUCUGUGAUUGGAGAAAGGGGAAUAUGUGGGCAAUAUCAUGAUAAAAUAAGUUACAGGAUUGUUCUGGAAGAACCUGCUCUCAUCACAAAAAUGCUCACAUUAUUGCACAGGUGGGAAAGAUGAUAGCUCCUGGUGAGAACCAGAGCAGCUGUGUGACAGAGUUCAUCCUAGCAGGCUUCCCGAAUCUCAACAGCACAAAAGCCGAACUGUUUUCUGUGUUCCUUCUUGUCUAUCUGCUGACUCUAACAGGCAAUGUGUUGAUCGUGGGGGUGGUUGGAACCGAUACUCGCCUGCAGACCCCUAUGUACUUCUUUCUGGGUAACCUGUCUUGCCUCGAGAUCCUGCUCACUUCUAUCAUCAUUCCCAAGAUGCUAAGCAAUUUCCUCUUAAGCCAACACACUAUUUCCUUUGGUGCAUGCAUCGCCCAAUUUUAUUUUUAUUUCUUUCUUGGGGCCUCUGAGUUCCUACUGUUGGCUGUCAUGUCUGUGGAUCGCUACCUAGCCAUCUGUCACCCUCUGCGCUACCCCUUGCUCAUGAGUGGGGCUGUGUGCUUUCGUGUGGCCUUGGCCUGCUGGAUGGGGGGACUCCUCCCCGUGCUUGGCCCCACAGUGGCUGUGGCAUUGCUUCCUUUCUGUGGGCAGGAUGUUGUGGUGCGGCACUUCUUCUGUGAUAGUGGCCCACUGCUCCGCCUGGCAUGCACCAACACCAAAAGGCUGGAGGAGAUUGACUUUAUCCUGGCCUUUCUCGUAAUUGUAUCCUCACUGGUGAUUACUGUGGCAUCCUACGGCCACAUAGUCCUGGCUGUCCUGCGCAUCCCCUCUGCUUCUGGCCGUCAGAAGGCCUUCUCUACCUGUACCUCCCACUUGAUGGUGGUGACCCUCUUCUAUGGAAGUGCUAUUUUUCUCUAUGUACGACCAUCACAGAGUGGCUCUGUGCAUACUAACUGGGCAGUGACAGUAGUAACAACAUUUGUGACACCACUACUAAAUCCAUUCAUCUAUGCCUUGCGCAAUGAGCAAGUCAAGGAGGCUUUAAAAGACAUGUUUAAGAAGGUGGUAGCAGACAGUUUGUGUCAUAUUUUACUUGUUAAGAGUUUCAAUAAGACAAUGGUGAGGUGA